AUGGUUGGAAUCAAGGUGCGGUCUGAUGCUGACCUGGAACCCGCUCAGGUCCAACGCCUUGACCAGUCUAGUCAGGUUGGUAUCGGACUCUGUUUGAGGCUCGAGCGUCUUUGGAUCAACCAGAUAGAGUACCUUGAGGACGAAAUCCGGCUUCAGAUGCUCCAAACUGCCAAUUGGACCCCUGGAUUGGGUCUUCACCGGGCUGGAACUGCCUGA